AUGGCCGAGGGCAGCAUAACGUCCAGUGAUUUUAACCGCACCGGCAACGGCCCAAUUGCAAAUUCUACACCAAAAGCAGAAUACUCGAAGCCGGAACCCACGUCGAACGUUGAAGAGAAACCUAUCAUGGUGGAGCAAGCAAAACAUGUAUCGAUGAGACGAAAAACGAAAUAUGGUUCCUAUAAAACACUCAAUGAUGACGCUUACAAGUUUGUUUUUCCUGAUUUUUCUUUUCGCAUCAAACAAGAAUUCUAA